AUGUCGACCGAUUCUCCAAAUCCAGAUCUCCCAAAAGAUGAAGGGGUCUCUGUCGAUGCCGACAAGACUGAAGGCACCACCACUCGCCGGGCGUCGACAACGAGACGGUCGCGUCGCAAGAAGGAUGAGGAUGACAAUGCCAAUAAUGCCAGCAAUGCCAAACCGAAGAAAGAAGUCAAGGAGAAGCAGACCCGGGCGCCUCGUCGUCCUCGGGAGAAAUCCAAUGCCACUCCGGCCUCUCGCAAAAAGGCCAAGUUAGAACAAGCUGAAGACACGGGCGCCCCAGCCGGAGAUGCAGCACCCGCAACGCCCGCGACGCCGACGCCUGCGACGCCUGCCACUCCCCGCCCCAUUCAAUCAACGCCUACGCCCCAGCCGGCUCCAGCUCCCUCUUAUUCCUUCCCACCACAAGCCGCUGCCGUCGCACCAGCACCCAGCUACCCUCCUUCCCAACCAUACCCACCCCGGCCACAGUCGCAACCUCCACCUCCCCAGGCCCAACCACCAUCGCAACGGACUAGUGGUCAAAAUUUCGAUCCUAUUCGGUCUGCAUUUGACAACCCAUCGCCUGCGCCAGCCUAUAGUCCGCCGGGCCACACCCUGUCGCCGCCAAAUUACCGCGCCAGCGCAUCUCCCGCAAUUUCUAGUAUUAUCGACCCGCCCAUCCAACAGAACCGCGUUUACACCCCUGCUCUCCCUCGCUCGUCCUCUGGCUAUGCCUCGAAUGUAUCGUCUCCAGUGCCACCGCCUAUGCUACCGAUGUCUUCACAUCCCUCAUUGGCUCCAUCGCCGGUCCCCGCAUCGUCCCCGUCACAUGGUGCAAUUCACGCGCCGCAGCCACAACAACCUCCCAACCUAUACAUGCCCUACAUGAGCUCGGAGCGGCCUGCCUAUACACAACCGCCUAAGUUGGAGCCAUCUUCACCGGUUCUGAAGCAACAACAGCAGCAACCAUCAGCUUCGCAACCGCCUCCAACGCGGCAGCCUGAAGCUCAAGUUCCAGCAUCCACGCCCAAGCAGCCCCAACAGCCCCACGAUGCGAUGGAAAUUGACCCUAAAGAGCCGCCAUCGACCACUGGAAAGAAGGACAAGGCGCCUGCUUCAACGCCGUCAUCGAAGGCUGUCUCCCCAAAACCUGCCCGUGCAGCGAAGGAAGCCCCAAAACUUCCUCAGGGCUCUGGUCUAAUUCAAAAUGCCCUUUUCGGCGUUGGAGGCGACGACGCUACCUCGUCUGACACCCGCGAUGCACCUAACAUAGUUGUUCACAUUCCCCUAUCCAAGGGCAACCACAUUAUAAACUUUGCCCAACUGGCAGAAGAGCAAUAUGGCUUUGCCGCUUUGCACCCUCGACUAGCCGCUCACAAAGAGCGCCUUGCGCGUGUAGCGGCUGCUGGCGCAGCUUUAGAGAAGAAUGACAAAGGGCCGAAGGGUAUAUCAGCUGGUGAAAGCGCCGAGGAAGACCUCAGUGUAGACAAUGACCGUGACAGCGACGUCGACGGUGAUGUUUCCAUGAUCGGUGCCACAAACGGUACCAAUGGGGCUCCGUCUGAGGGGAGUGAUGUGAAGAAGAAGCGAAGGAAGAAGGUGGAAGAGUACGAUCGAGACGACCCUUUUGUCGACGAUAGUGAAUUGGCAUGGCAGGAACAGGCUGCCGCCAGUAAAGACGGGUUCUUUGUUUUCAGUGGACCGCUAGUUUCCGAGGGUGAGAAGGUCCAGGUUGAACGUGCCGAUGGAACUAUCAAGCGCGGCCGAGGCCGAGGUCGUGGAACAGGCCGUGGACGCUCGCUGGCAUCGCAUCCGCAUGUCCCUAUCGCUGCGGCUGUGCCUAUCUCCCAAGAUACAGGUCUCCCACUGCGUGGGCCAGGCUCGAGAGGCGGAACCUCGCGUCGGGCUCGCACGACCAAAAAGGCAGAUCAAGGCGAGAAGCAUGGUACCACCUCGUCCCCGUCCCACGAUAGUCCCCGCGGCCGUGGCGGUGGUCCUGGAAGCCGAGGCGGCGGUGCUGGCAGUACUCGUGGUGCGAAGGCCGCCAACAGUUCCUCCAUGCCCAUGGUUGACCUGGCCCCGGCACCACCUUCGCAUUCUCAGCCUCCAUUAACCCCAGCUCCGGGCCCGAGUCCCCUGGCUGGGCCGGAGUUGGCGAUGAAAUAG